CCUGUGCGGCGCGUGCGCGGGGCGGGCGGGGCCGCGGGACGGAGCCGCAGCCGGAGGCGCCGGGCCCGGUCCGGGUCCUGCGGAGCGGCGGUGGCAGCAGUGGCCCCUGUCUGAUGGGAGGAUGGUUGUUCUCAGGCAGUUUGGGCUGCUGCUCUGGAAGAACUACAUCCUGCAGAAGCGGCAGAUCUUGGUGACACUCAUUGAAAUCUGCCUGCCGCUGCUCUUCGCUGCCAUCCUGAUAGCGCUGCGGCACCGGGUGCACUCCAUCAGCCACCCUAACGCCACCAUCUACCCCCCCGAGUCUGUGGAUGACCUGCCUAGCUUCUUCUACUCCCGGCACCCCAGCAACCCCUGGGAGCUGGCCUAUGUCCCCUCCAACAGCAGUGCUGUCAGGAGCAUUGCCGAGGUGGUGGAGAGAGCUCUGCCCAUCAGCAUCAGAGCUCAGGGCUUUGCCUCGGAGAGGGACUUUGAGGAGUACGUCAAGUUGGACAACCGUUCGGGCAGCGUGUUGGCUGCCGUUGUGUUCAAGCACCACUUCCAACAGAGCACAUCCCCACUGCCCCUCCAGGUCGACUAUGAGCUACGCUUCAAGUACAGCCCGAGGAAUGCACCACGGAGUGAGCAGACGGGUCUGAACCCCAACCUGGACCGGGACUGGCACACCAGCUACCUCUUCCCACUCUUCCAGCUGCCUGGACCCCGGGAGGCCAAGUUUGCUGAUGGCGGGACACCGGGUUACAUCCGGGAAGGUUUCCUGGCGGUGCAGCACGCUGUGGACAGAGCCAUCAUGCAGCACCACGCCAAUGCCAGCUCCACCAGCCUGCUGGAGAACAUCACGGUGGUGGUGCAGCGCUUCCCCUACCCGGCGUAUGUCAACGACCUUUUCCUCCUGGCCAUCCAGAACCAGCUGCCUCUCCUGCUCAUGCUCAGCUUCACCUACACCUCGCUCAACAUCGUCCGUGCCGUCGUCCAUGAGAAGGAGAAGAAGCUGAAGGAGUACAUGCACAUGAUGGGCCUCAGCAACUGGUUGCACUGGAGCGCCUGGUUCCUCAUGUUCUUCCUCUUCCUCCUGGUGUCCGUGUUUUUUGUCACUGUCCUCUUCUGUGUCAAGGUGAGUGAGCAGGGAGCAGUGCUCUCCAACAGUGACCCCACGCUGGUGUUCACCUUCCUCGCCAUCUUCUCCGUCUCCUCUAUCUCCUUCAACUUCAUGGUGAGCACCUUCUUCUCAAGAGCAAAUGUUGCGGCUGCCGCUGGCGGCUUCCUCUACUUCUUCUCCUACAUCCCUUACUUCUUCAUCUCGCCCCGCUACGACCUGAUGUCCCACAGCCAGAAGAUGGCAUCCUGCCUCAUCUCCAAUGUGGCCAUGGCCAUGGGGGCACAGCUUAUAGGCAUGUUUGAAGGAAAAGGAACUGGCAUUCAGUGGAGGGACCUCAUGAAGCCCAUCAGCGUGGACGACAACUUCACCUUAGCCCAAGUGCUGGGAAUGCUGCUCCUGGACUCGGUACUUUAUGGCCUGGUGGCCUGGUAUGUGGAGGCUGUCUUCCCAGGGGAGUAUGGUGUGCCCCAGCCAUGGUACUUCUUCCUGACGCCCUCAUACUGGUGUGGGCGCCCCAGGACUGUGGUGGGAAAAGAGAAGGAGGAGGAAGAGGACCCCGAGAAAGCUCUGAAGAGCCAGUACAUUGAGGAGGAACCUGCUGACCUCAUGUCAGGAAUCAAAAUAAAGCACCUUUCCAAGGUCUUCAAAGUGGGAAACAAGAUGAAAGAGGCAGUCAAGGACUUAACGGUGAACAUGUAUGAAGGGCAGAUCACCGUCCUGCUGGGACACAAUGGUGCUGGGAAGACCACCACUUUGUCCAUGCUCACAGGGCUGCACUCUCCGACAGGCGGGCAGGCGUACAUCAACGGCUACGAGAUCUCCCAGGACAUGGUCCUGAUCCGCCACAGCCUGGGCCUGUGUCCCCAGCACGAUGUCCUCUUUGACAACAUGACGGUGGAAGAGCACCUCCACUUCUACGCAGGGCUGAAGGGGUACCCACCCUCCAAGUGCCCCGAGGAGAUCAACCACAUCCUGAGGAUCCUCAACCUGGAGGACAAGCGCCGCUCCCUGACCAAGGCGCUCUCUGGCGGGAUGAAGCGCAAGCUCUCCAUUGGCAUCGCCCUCAUUGGGGACUCCAAGGUGGUGAUGCUGGAUGAGCCUACAUCAGGAAUGGACCCAGCCUCUCGCAGGGCCACAUGGGACCUUCUGCAGCAGCAGAGGAGCAACCGCACCAUCCUGCUGACCACCCACUUCAUGGAUGAGGCUGACCUGCUGGGUGACCGCAUUGCUAUCAUGGCCAAGGGCGAGCUGCAGUGCUGCGGCUCCUCACUCUUCCUCAAGCGUAAAUACGGGGCAGGAUAUCACAUGGUGAUGGUGAAGGAGCGCUACUGUAACUUGGGGGAGAUCUCCCGCCUCAUCUGUCAGUAUGUGCCCAACGCCACCAUGGAGAGCAAUGCUGGGGCAGAGUUGUCCUUCAUCCUGCCCAAGGAGAGCACGCACAGGUUUGAGGCCCUGUUCACGGAGCUGGAGCAGAGGCGGGAGGAGCUGGGCAUCGCCAGCUACGGCGCCUCCGUCACCACCAUGGAGGAAGUCUUCCUGAGGGUUGGGAAGCUUGUGGACUCCAGCAUGGAUAUCCAGGCCAUCCAGCUGCCUGCUCUCCAGUACCAGCAUGAGAGGCGCUCCAACGACUGGGCCAUGGAUGACUCCAGCAGCCUGAGUGGCAUGACAGACAUGACGGAUGACAGUGGGGCACUCAUUACUGAGGACUGCUCCAGCAUCAAGCUCAAUACCGGGUUCUACCUGUGCUGUCAGCAGUUCUACGCCAUGUUCAUGAAGCGAGCCAUGUACAGCUGGCGCAACUGGAAGAUGGUGGCAGCGCAGUUCCUCGUGCCUCUCAUCUUCACUGCCUUUGCCCUCGUGGUGGCCAAGACCUUCCCAGGGCCCAGGGACUCGUCCCUGCUCCGGCUGACGCUGGAGCCGUAUGGCCAGACCAUCGUGCCUUUCAGCAUCCCAGCCGCUGCGGCUCUGCCCCAGAGGUUGGCCGAGCAGUACAUGGAGCUGCUGGAUGCCCAGCGCCAGUCACCGCUGGAGGUGCUGGGUGAGGAGGGUUCAGGGAGCACCUGUGGAGCAGGUGGCCUGGAGGAGUACCUCAUCUCAAGAGCCUCUGAGGAAGGGGGAGCCUUCAAUGAGCAUUACAUCGCAGCCGCCUCCUUCGAAGGAGCUGGGAACCGCACGGUGGUCACCGCGCUCUUCAACAACCAGGCAUAUCACUCCCCUGCCACGGCCCUGAUGCUGGCUGACAACGCUGUCUUCAGGGUGCUGGCGGGCUGCAAUGCCUCCAUCACAGUCACCAACUACCCUCAGCCCCGCAACAUCACUGAGAAGGCCAAAGACCAGCUCAUGGAAGGCCAGACCGGGUUUGCCAUCGCCAUCAACCUGCUGUACGGCAUGGCCUCGCUCGCCAGCACCUUUGCCCUGCUGCUGGUCAGCGAGCGCGCCAUCAAGGCCAAGCACGUCCAGUUUGUCAGUGGCGUCUACGUGGUCAACUUCUGGCUUUCUGCCCUGCUCUGGGACAUCAUCAACUUCCUCAUCCCUUGUGCUCUGAUGCUGGUGGUAUUCCAAGCCUUUGGCGUGCAAGCCUUCACCCAGGACAGCCACCUCGUUGAUGUGAUGUUGAUCUUCCUCCUUUAUGGCUGGGCCAUCAUCCCCCUCAUGUACCUCCUCAGCUUCUUCUUCUCGGUGGCAGCCACAGCCUACACCCGCCUCACCAUCUUCAACAUCCUCUCGGGCACAGCCACCUUCCUCGCAGUCACCAUCAUGAGCAUCCCAGAGCUGGGCCUGGUGGACCUUUCCAAAACCCUGGAUAAAGUCUUUCUUGUCUUACCCAAUUACUGCUUGGGCCAAUGCAUCAGUGACUUCUACCAGAACUAUGAGUUCAUUCAGUUUUGUACAUCCUCUGUUGAAGCUAUCUUCAUCUGCAAGGCAUUCAAUAUCAGUUAUGAGAUGAACUACUUUUCCUGGGAGACGCCUGGGAUUGGACGAUACCUGACCUCCUUGACCAUCCAGGGUUUCUCCUUCCUCUUCCUCCUUUUCCUCAUUGAGACAAACCUCCUCUGGAGACUGAAAACUUUGGUCUGUGGCAUCUGCAGGCGGCGAAAAUGGGUGGCACUGCUGAACAGGGUGUCUGUGCUGCCAGAGGACCGGGACGUGGCAGAUGAGAGGAAGAAGGUUUUGGAGUCGCCACCAGAACUUCUGUCAUCUCUCAGCAGCCCUCUGGUCAUCAAGGAGCUCACCAAGGUCUACGACAGCCGGGAGUCCCUGCUGGCGGUGGACAGGAUCUCCUUGGCGGUCAGCAAAGGGGAAUGCUUUGGCCUUCUGGGCUUCAACGGAGCGGGCAAAACCACCACCUUCAAGAUGCUGACUGGUGACGAGAGCAUCACAUCGGGGGAUGCCUUUGUGGAUGGCCACAGCAUCCUGGCCAACAUCAAAAAGGUGCAGCAGCGGAUCGGCUACUGCCCGCAGUUCGAUGCACUCCUGGAGCACAUGACGGGCCGCGAGACGCUGAGCAUGUAUGCGCGGCUGCGGGGCAUCCCCGAGCGCUACAUCGGCAGCUGCGUGGAGAACAUGCUGAGGGGGCUGCUGCUGGAGCCCCACGCCGACAAGCUCGUGAGGACCUACAGCGGUGGUAACAAGCGGAAGCUGAGCACUGGCAUUGCCCUCAUCGGUGGUCCCCCGGUGAUCUUCCUGGAUGAGCCCUCCACAGGCAUGGACCCUGUGGCACGGCGUUUGCUCUGGGAUGCAGUGACACGGACACGGGAGUGUGGCAAAUCCAUCAUCUUCACCUCCCACAGCAUGGAGGAGUGCGAGGCCCUGUGCACGCGGUUGGCCAUCAUGGUGAAUGGGCAGUUCAAGUGCCUGGGCAGCCCCCAGCACCUGAAAAGCAAGUUUGGCAGUGGCUACACCUUGCUGGCCAAAAUACGGAGCGAGGAGGAGGGCGAGCUGCUGGCCUUCAAGGCCUUCGUAGAGAAGACUUUCCCAGGCAGCAUCCUGAAACAUGAACACCAGGGCAUGGUACAUUAUCACUUGACCAACAAGAACCUCAGCUGGGCACAGGUCUUCGGGGCCUUGGAGAAAGCCAAAGAGAAGUAUCGCUUGGAAGACUAUUCCGUGAGCCAGAUAUCCCUGGAGCAAGUCUUCAUGAGCUUCACUCAUUUCCAGCACUACACAGAGGACAGAGGGAAAUGAGCAGAAGCCCCCACCGGUGCCCUUCAUCACGGACUGGCCCUGCUGCCUAUACAUAGUAUAUAUAGAGACAGUAAUUUAUAUAUCAGCGUGUCUUAAAUACUUUAUAAAUGUAAGAAACCUUUCACUGGGGGGGAGGAUGGGGCCAUCCCUUCUGCCGUGGGGAACACGGGUGGUGCGUGUGUCACGCGUGCCACCACGGGUCUGUGUGUGCGUGUGCAUGUGACACUUCCACUCUCCAGCGUUCUUUCCCUUCUAUACAGCAAAAACAAAGAUCCCAACAAGCAGGGGGAAGCCUGGAUGGGUAGAGAUGGGUGUUGGGUAUUGAGCUGGCAGAGGAGGAGUGGGAUGCACCCCCCUGUGCCCCUUGGCCCUGCCCAAUGCUUGCACCCAUCAGGGCACUGCUUCGUUGUCUUGGCCCGCAUGUUGACGUGUAUCGUUAGGUGGUUUGCUCGUGGUUUAACAGAGGCUGUCAAAUAGCUUAGAUCCAGGUCGCUAGGUUCAUUAGGAUGCGCUAUGGUUGCCCUUAGAAGCACUUUGUGUCUGGCUGGAGGGGAGAAGGCAAGCCUCCCAUCCAUCCCUCCGUCCCCACGGAGGAGGCUUCGUCUUCUUUAAGCUCUUAGGAAACGCCGUCCCCUCCUGCCUGCUUGCCCAGGGGUGGAGGCAAGUGUGUCCUGAGGAGCUGGCACCAUCCCAAGCGGUGCAGGGAGAGCUGGCUGUGUUCAGGGAGCCAUGGGACGUGUCCAUGGAGCGGUGCCCAGAGCUCGGCCCCUUGGUACAGCACGUGAUGGGUCUGGCUGCCAGCGCUCGGGCUGAAGGCAGCACUGGGUGAGAGGUGUUGCAGGGCUCUUGGGAAUGCUGCUGGGCUCUCACUGUUGUGUCCAUGGAAGGGUUUAACCAGUAGCACUGUGCUGUGCAGCCACAGGACUGGCGUUGAAGUCCAGUAAUGCUCUCGCUGCGCCCCAUGUCCUGCUGUGCUUUCCCCUUACACCCCACACAGGUCCCAUGUCCCCAUCCCACGUCACCCCUCCUCAUCCCCAUCCCCUGUGCACCACACCAGGCUGCUCCAGCAGCAGGCAGGGCAUGAAGGCACUGUCCUGCCCUUGCCUGGCUGUGGGGAUGCUGCUGGGCACGGUGCGUUAGGCACCAGCACUGCCCAGCCCUGCCUGCACCAAAUCAGAGGCAGCAACUGGGAUUUCUUUUUGGUGUUUCCCAGUGGUUGGGUGCUUUUGUUUGUUUGGUUUGUUUUGUUUUAAAUCUGUGUUGAUUGUUGUCUGUCCUUAACUAGUCCCUUUGUCACCCGAGGACAGUCCCCUCCCAGCCAGCUGCUCCGAAAUCAAUGCAGAGCUAUUUGCACUAUAGUAAUACACACACUUGCACAUAACUAAAGGAAUUAAUAUUUAUGGUGAGGGGUGCUGAUUCCCUUCCAUUGAUUGAUUGCAUUGUCAGGGGUUGGGUGAUAUUUUUUGGGUUGGGUUUUUGUUUUGUUCCUGUGACUGACUCAUUCCUUCCUGUUUUUUUCCCCUUUACCUAAUGUCAUUCAAAAUGAUGGUGCAUCAUGUUACUAAGAAUUUCCCUGGAUCUUAACUACGUGUGGUUUUGUUAGUAAGCAGCCAGGAGGUGAACGGCAUCCCUGGAAUACUUCAGAGCCCAUCAGAGCUGCUGGCCUGGGCAGUUUGCUCCCUAGGAGCAUCCCUGCAGGCAGUGGAGCCAGCAAUGCUGGGGACACAAUGCAGUGGGAAACCCCCAGGACUGGUGUACAAGGAAAGGGAGGAGGGAUGCUUCCUGCGGGAGGGUGCCUGGUGCCACCAGGGACAUGCUGGGACUCGGAGUAACUUAGUUUUUGGAAGGGGAAAUGUGGUAGGCUGCCUCAACGCCUCGAGGGCUUCACCUAGAAUGGGGAGCAGGGGGAAAAGGGGUUGCAGGAGAGCGAGAUGCCAAAUUGGCACAGGCUGGCAGCACCCUGACCACAGCCAAGACCUCCCUCCAAAGACAUUCCGUUGCGAUACUGGUGCCCCACCUUGCAAGGUUUGGUCCUGUGGCAGGUGACAGCCCCACAGUGCCCAUGAAUGGCAUCGGAGAGCCAGGGGUAGAGGAGGCAAUGGCAAGGGUGGCAUCCACUGGUCCCAGCCCACCAGUCCUGGCCUAAAUGAAGAGAGGCUUACCAAAGAAUCAUUCCUCCCUCACCGAGACAAGAGCUGCUGCUGUGCAUGGUGCUGCUCACCCCAGUUCAGUUCCAGCAGCAGCACAGGGCGCAGGCAGCUGCUGCUCCCCUCUUGGCUGCAGAGUGGUCAUUAUUCCCAUCAUAGGAAUAAUAAAGGGUUUUAUUUCUUCCA